CGCACUCGUUCUACUCCCCAGGCAGCUGUGUGCUCCUCGGCACAGAUGAGGAUGGAGAAGAGGUCUCGGAGCUCUUCCAGGGAGUCUCAUAGAAGACGCAGAGAGUCCCCGGCUGUGCAGAGCAAACAAGAGAAGAGAGAGAGCAGCAGAGAAGCUGGCAAAGGAAAGGGAGAUGUAAAGCAGGAGAAAGCCAAGGAGACCAAGAGCACUGCAGGGAGUGAUGGAAGGGUACACACCUCCACGGUGGUGGACGUGGAUGAUGUGGUGUCUGAUGAAGAAAUGGAGGCAAUGGCAUUGCUGGAUAGUGAGCAGCAAGAGGAAGGUGUAAAGUCUCCUGGUCUGGGUGUCUGUGAGUGGCUUUUGACCAUCUUGUCUUUCCUGUUCAUCAUAAUGACCUUCCCCAUUUCUGUCUGGUUCUGCAUGAAGGUAGUGCGGGAGUACGAGAGAGCCAUUGUUUUCCGACUUGGGCAUCUCCUUCCUGGCAGAGCCAAAGGACCCGGCCUUUUCUUUUUCCUUCCCUGUUUGGACACCUAUCACAAGAUAGACCUCCGCCUCAAAACCCUAGAGAUCCCCUUCCAUCAGGUGGUAACCAAAGACAUGGUUACUUUGGAGAUAGAUGCUGUCUGCUACUACCGGUUGGAAAAUGCCUCUCUUCUCCUCACCACCCUGACCAGCAUCUCCAGUGCCAUCCAGCUGCUGGUGCAGACCACCACGAAGCGCCUCCUGGCACAUCAAGCCUUCUCUGAGCUUCUGCUGGAGAGGAAGAACAUCAGCCAGGAGAUAAAGGUGGCUUUGGAUGCAGUUACAGGCUGCUGGGGAAUCAAAGUGGAGAGAAUAGAAAUCAACAACGUGCAGCUGCCUGCUGAACUCCGGCAGUCCCUGGCUGUGGAAGCAGAGGCCCAGAGACAGGCCAAAGUGCGGGUGAUUGCUGCAGAGGGAGAAAAGGCUGCUUCCGAGUCCCUGCGGAUGGCAGCUGAGAUCCUGUCCAGUGCUCCAGCUGCUGCUCAGCUCCGUUAUCUCCAUGCACUGCACUCCCUUACCACAGAGAAACCUGCUGCUUUCAUCUUGCCCUUGCCUCUGGAUGCCAUGAACCUGGCCUCUCCAGCUACCCACAGCCCUCCAGCUGUGAGCAGCCUCCUCACAGGCACCACAAAGCUCCCAGAAAACCCAAAAGACAAGAAGGACUCACCCAUGCUCUGAGAGAAACAGUUCCCACAUUGCUCCUGCUCAGAAAGGAGCAAGAAGGCUGGCCCACCAUCAGGCUGACCUGGAGGCAGGAAGGAAAGCAGCCCAGGCCUGCAAUAUAAAGUGGAUUGUACAUGGAAAAAGCCUCUACUUGUUUUGGAAAGGGGAAAAUGUGAGUGCAAGGAGCAGGCCUGGCAAGCAUGUGAGCAGGGGGUUGAGGGAAGUCCCCUCCACAGAGCCAGAUGCACCUUGACAUGUUACAGCCCAGCUCCCAGGGUCUGAUCCAUCUUGCCCCACCACCUUGGAAGGAAGGACAGACCAUCCCCUAUGUCCUGACAUGUCCCCAUCUGCAAACCGAACAGCUGGGCAGGUGGGAGUGGGAGCACGGCAGUCAGUGGGGGAGCAGCAUGCAGGCAGGAUGGUGGGUGCUGCCAUCCCGGUGGUCCUGCAAGGAGGGAAAAGAGCUGGGUCUCUGUGGUCUCCUGGAUAUGGGAUUUCAGUAACCGCUCACAUACAUCCCCACAACCACGGCGUUUAGCCCUAGUUCUGAAGUAGGAGGAAAAGGAAGGGGAGGAGAGGCCAGCCUUUAAAGCUUGGUGCUUCCCUGCCGGGCACAUCUGCUGUGCGGAGGAAAGGCUGUGCUGCUGCUCGCUUCCACAGGGUGGUGAGGCAGGACAAGGCCUGAACUCGUGGGCACUUGAAAAAUGUGCACUCGAAAAAGGUGACCCGUUUUACCAACGCCCACUGGGCUGACACGGGGAAUCCGUGAAAUGUAACACUUCCCCGCCUUCAGCUGCCUUGGUAAUUUUCACACACGGAGAACGAACAGAGGGAGUUCACAAAAAUCCUAGAAGCCACAAAACUCCUAUAUAUCUUUCCUGCCUACAGCUGUUUGAAAUGGCCAGGAACCUACAGGUAUUGCAGUCAUUUCCCUUGGCAAAAAUCGGGAGCACUGUCAAAGAAGAUAUCCCUGCACUCAGAUAUUCUGAUCCUGGUGCCAUUUGUGUGGACAUCAGCUCUGCUCUUCCCUUUUACUUGACAUACAGCAUCUCCCCUUGCUUCAGAGCAGAUUUCCCUGCACAGCCAUUCCUAGCACCAUUGUUCUGCUGGUGGUGUCCUGUACAGGCCAAGAUAGAGGGCACUUUGUUACCCUUCUCUUAAUUGCCCACAUUUUUGGCCAUGAUGCCCGUGCCUAGCAGGGGACACCCAGCCAGUUGAUCACUCUUGAAUUUUGAUUUAUUCAUAGCUCUUUGCCUGCUGGUAACUCUAACUGCUCCCAUGAUACUCAGUCUACAAGCAUUUGCCAGCAUUUUUACAGCAAGGAUGCCUGGCCACCCAGCCCUUUUCCAAGUGUCUGGGAAGUGGGAAAAAUCCACCCCUGAACUUGUCAGUGACCACGCAAGCACCUGACUCCAGGUGUAACCUCCCACUUACAUCAUCUGCCACUGUAACCCUAAAGGGGAGGGGGGCAGCAGGAUCACUCUGGCUCCUGCUGGUGUGUCUGUGACAGAUCUCAGGAAUGAUCUGCUCAUGGAAAAUUAGCUCUGGGAAGUUGAACAGCUCUGUCAUCCUCCACUGGGGAACAUGAACUGUGCAGUCACUCCUCUAAAGCUGUUUCUGGUUAUUUGUCAUGCUGUUGGAAAAGGGUCUUCUUUCCCAGCCUCAAGGGCAUAAGGACAAAAGGGCAUAAUACUACAGAGUGAGCUGCAGCUGAUCCUUUCUCUGAAUACUUCUUUGGCUGUAUUUCUAACUCUGUGUAAAAUGAUCCAUCCCCACCAAGAUUCUUGGCACACGAAGGACCAACAGCUUUACAGAUAAACUCUCAAAGGAACAGCACUUAGCCCAAGAAGUGACUGUCAGGAGAUGUGCAGCACUACGUCAGGGCACACCCAUUACCCUGCUUGCACUUAUAUCUGCAGAAGCCAGGCAUGGCUUUUUCAGACAUGUAACUUUCUUACAGAAAGGCAAAUUAUAGCCAAGAGCAUCUUCAAAAAA